AAGUAUCGAUUGGUCGAACGCCAUUUUUACGCAAUAUAAGCCGACCAAGUUAAGAAGCCCAUAUCUAAUUCAUUUCUCCUACUAGAGUAUCUACUUUUAUUCACGGCAGUAUUAUCCAUAGUCGCUUCCCGUUUGUACGAAAACAAAAUACGAGGAGGGAAAUAUUGAAAUUAAAAUGGCAUUUCUAUCAAACAUCUUAUUUUUAUCGACAAUGUGAAUUGAAAUGUGUAACAACAUUCAAUUUUAGGUGAAACGCGAAUUAGUUCUUCUGUGUUUUUGAUAGAAUCGUUAGUUUAAUCAAAUUAAGAGUGGAAAACUUGUGUAUUUACUAAAGUAUUGAAAGACAUGGAGGAGUUGAGGUCCAAACACAAAUCCCUGCAGAGUGCUGCUCAUCACAUUGCCCUGGAAUGCAUCCAUCCUCAGUUGUUCACAGUGGUAUUUGUCCGCCCAUGUCUGUGCAUUGGAACUAGCAGUCGACUCACGGGUCACCGUACCACGUUCACCCGUACCCUUCCCCCGUACGGCUCCAGCAUGCGUUCCAGAAUACCCAGCACAGCCCCAAGAUGUUUCAUCCGAAGGGACUCAAACCGCACCUUGAUCCCCGGGCAUACGGAACACCGAAUGAUAGCCCGAUCCUGGGCCGGGCGCUAUGCCUCACACCCCGAGGCAGUCCAGUACCCGGGCGGGUCUCCCAUCUCAACGAGAAGUUCCAAGAUUCCUUGACUUUGACCUCUGACACUGAUGCCUUGGUAGCCAAGAUCAGUGCCAUGUUUCCUACCGUCAGCGAAACGCAUAUCAAGAUAUUGUUGAAAAAGUACUACAACAGAGAAGCGGUAGUUAUAUCAGCGUUACAAGUAGAAAAGCACCCCAUAACGACGCCGGGGCCUCUCACGAUGUCCCCAUCAGCUGUGCGACUCCAAAAAGGGGCUCCGGGACUUCAUUCUGCAUUGCAACUCGCUAAAGGCAUGUCGGGGUCUAUGGCGGGGUCUAGCCAUUAUUCGCCCUUGACGGGCACGCCUCAUGGAUCUCCAUCAUUACUGCGACCAGCAUCGGGUGCUUCCAGCUACUACGGUGCCAGGUCCGUGGAUGGCCAGCCGGCGAGACACCAGUCGCCGAAAAUGAAACUCAAGUACCUCAAAAGCAUCUUCCCAAAAGCAGAAGAGACGUUGAUCCUAGACGUUCUGGCGAACAAAGAUAAUAAUGUUCAGAAGGCCAGCGAAGAGCUUAUAGGUAUGGGGUUCAAUAAGAAGGAAACUAUAGUGCAGCAGAAGAAAGAAGCCACGCCGUUGCCGCAGAAGAAAGUCGUCACAAUCAUGAAGACGAUGGCUGAGAAAGAAGAAUUAAAAGAAAAUCUGCAAAAGAAAUACAGUGGUAUAGCGGAACGCGUGAUAUCUUUAGCACUAGAGAGCGUAGACUACAAUGAGGAAAGAGCUGAACAGAUGCUCAACGCCGUGCUACAAGAGGAGGCGGCGCCCAAGGUCACGAAGGUCGAGGUCAAGGACACGAGGACGGUGACCUUGGAACCGAAGAAGGGUUUUCACGCGGAGGUGCGGUCCCCGAGCCCGGCGCCAGCGCCACCCGCCUCCCGCCGCAUCAAGACGUGGACCGAGCACUUGAAGCCUAUUCUGAAGACGAGUAGCAGUGUGGAGGCCAAGUUCAAGUCUCAGUAUUGUUCGCCCACGAAAGGUCCUAACCCUUCGCUACGACAAGGACCGAAGGACAGUUUGCUAUUAGAAGACUACAUGCCGUGGACUGGGCCUGACCCAGAGUUACGCAGCGGGCAAUCCGUCAAAACCGAAGGGCCUGAGCCUCGCGAUAGGCCGUUCAACCUCGCCCGAGGCCCGUCAGGACUAGCAAAGGGCCCCGCCGGAAUCGCUAAAGGCUCUCUCUAUCAGAAAUUGAGCAAAAAGUCCGCUAAGAUUAUCGGCUAAACGGACCGAAAUUACAAGACCGUCUUCGAAGAAUAUCCUUCAAUGAUUGAAGAAACCGCUAACAUUUGAGUAGCAGCUUGGAUAAAGGGUUUAAGGUGUGUUCUAGAAGUAAUGUGAAGUCAGCCUUAGGCCUGUUUAACGUAGGCAUCGUCCAAUUUAAAAGUAACGGCAAAUCUCAAGUGGUUAUUAAUUAAUUUCCUGUAUUCUAGAAGAAAAGUCUUACUAACUUUGUUGGGGUCGGCUUCCAGUCUCACCUGAUGCAGCAGAGUACUAGUGUUUUACAUGGAGAGGCUGCCUAUCUGACCUUCUUAACUCAGUUACCCGGGCAAACCAAUAGAGACUAGUUGGCAGAAUGGCUGUUAUUUAUCCACGAGCUCCUCCUGUAUUCAAGUUUGCUGCUAAAAUAUGCCCGAAAUCACUAUAAAAUCGAGGUAUAAAAUGAUCUCAUUAUUAUUAAAAUCUUCGUAAAAAACUUGCUCAAGACAAAAAUAUAUCGGUAUUUGAAUAAGAGCGCUGUAUAAGUAAUAUUAAAUCUUGCCUAAACCUAAGAAUUGAUACAAAUAUUCAUUUUUAAUAUUAUACUUCACAUGUUCAACCCGUUGUUAUUUCAUGUUUUAUAAUAUUGUAGUUUUAUCGAAGGUCGUACUUAGGCCCGGUUUUAGUCGUUACUGGUAAAGUGUCAGUUAUCUGAUAGUUUAUGCUAUCUGCCAGAUAAAGGCUGCGAAACCAAAAGUUGUAAUUUAUAAGUUACUGAUAGACUAUCAGAGACUUUAUCAGUAACUGAUGAAACUGGGGGUUAAAAUAAUAGUGUUCCAUUAUAAUAGAUACUUUACUAUUAGUUUUUGUGUCUUGUCAUAAGACAUGCUCACCGUUUAGAAGUAAUUAGUAAAACUUAGAAGUAUACACUGUUCAAUGCCAAAACAUUUAUUUUGUUGUUGUUUAUUAGUUUUAUUUACAUUAGGAAGUUUUAUAUAAUUUACUAUUUAUUCGUUAACUUAUUGGGAGUAAACUAUGACUUUUUUCCCAAAAUAAAAUUAAUAAACCAACAAUACUUAUAAUUCUAUAGACUUGCGUUGUGCCCAGUUCUUCCGACCCUUGCAUUAAUAUAAGUAAUAAAAGUAAUUAUAAUUACUACGUCAGGGAGUCUAUAUCCGGCCAAAAAUGUGUAUGGAAAAAGUGUGUAUGUCGAAAAAUGUAUUUUUUUAAAUGAUGAACGAAAAUCUAAGGCUUUGUUAAUGCUAAGUGAUUUGGGAAAACAUCGUUUUUCUCCAAAAAGGUCGUAAUUAAAAUGUAAAAAUAAAACCAUUUUGUUUUUGAGUGCAUUCUUGAAAAUUUUUUGAAUUAUGAUUUAAUUGUAACUGUUUUCAUAGCUAAUUGCUACCUGUUUACCAAAACUCAUUAAUUUCAUGAUGUUCUCAAGCCUCUGUUUAGUGACUACGAUUCAUAGCGCUAAUUAGCAUAAUAAAUUAUUUUUGUACAUAGACGCGUUAAUUAAGUGUGGUUAAUAUUAUUAUAACAAUGUAUGUGCAAUAUUUCUGCCUGUUGGCUUAUGAACUCUUGGUAAACUUAGCUUAAGUAUAAUUUGUACGACGCUACAGUUUCAUGGAAUAAUUUUGAAUUGUUAAUAUAAUAGAGCCACCGAGUAAGUUAUGCAGUGAAAAGUUUACCCGUUCAAAAGGGUAAAUUCAAUGACAAAUAUUAAAAAAACGACGACAUUUUUACGAAUUCAAAAUAAUUUUAGAAUCAUGUCAAAAAUAAUCCUUUGACUUUGAAAUACCUUGGCAAAUUUCUUAAAAUGGCAACACUGAAUCAAUACUAGCAGCGCUGUCAUGAACAGCCUCGGUGGCUCUAUACGCAAGAUGUAAGCAAUGUCUUAGGUAAUGAUAGAUUAGACAUCUAUUUUCUUAAGAGAGAGACAGCCAAGGGGGAGUUAGAAAUAAACAACCGUAGUUGUGGCCGUUUAGACUGUAGCUAUUAGUUCAACCAUUGUAGGUAACUUUAGCGAAGGAUAGGUAAAGUAUUUCUCCCUCCUUAUAUAGUUUAAACUCUUAUACGAACAUUCCAUCCUUAAAAUGUUAUUUAAGGUACUUUUCAUGACUAUUGAAUGCGUAAUUUGUAACUUAUUUUGAAUUUUCUUUCUAACAGUAUUACCAACAAUGUCUGAUUUUUAGUUGCCGAUAGAAAAAUAUUAGGGCAUAAUAUUCAACCUUUAGAAGUCUUUAGGGCACUGUAAUAUGUUGAAUUGUUUUAUAGGAAGCCAUUUUAAAUAUGAGUGCAUACCACUUAGCUUUCAGAAUUUUGUAGCAAAAAUUUUCUAUACAUUUUAGAGUAUCCAAUAGCCUUCAUGGUAUUUAAAGUAUUACAGAAUUGUGCCAAUUUUACAAUUCAUUAUUUGUAUUUAGUAUUAAUAAUGUACCUGCAAUUGAAAUCUUCAUCGAACAUUCUUCCAUGUUGUUUUUAUACAAUUUCGUUGUCAUAUUUAAACUGGAACUGUAAAUGAUUGUGGUAGAAUGGCUGAUAGCCGUGGUCCAUUCGUUAGACAGUUCUCCAUCAAAUAACUUUACCUCUCAGAUGUUAGCUACGAGUGACUUCAUUACAGUCAAAAUGUAUGAACAAAAGGCGCAUGCGCUAAUUUCUGAGCGGCAAAGUAAUUUGCCAAGAACUGUAGGUACUUAGUUACAGUGCAAAUGACUAGACAUUCCAAUUAGAUAUUUAGUAUUAAGUCACUCUAAAUCUAGCCUAAAUAUAGAACCAGCUAACCGAAAUCUGCUGAACCUAGGUAACUAUCGGACAACUCUAGAGAAUACUAACGUCUUCAGAGUGUUUUAUUCUUAUAAAACUUUAGUUUUAAGUGUUAAAUCAAAUUUAGACUUUGGCCAUAAUGACAUAUCUUUUGAGGCUCAGUCUCUUCCUAGUCUAGUUCUGAAUCUAGUCAAUUAGGAUAAUAUAUUGUAGCGAUCACACAUUAUUUUUGUGAAUAUUGUCUCAAUAAAAUUGUUGAUUAUGUCCAA